GCCAUAUUGGAGUGUAACUAACUAGCUAUUGUUAUAAAUAGGGUCGGGGCUGCUGCUAGCUGAGUUUACAUGUUUUCUACAAGUUUGUUCUAAGGAAAAGAGAAAGUUAUCGGUGGGUCAUGAAAGAAAUGUCAGCGUAAGUUGUCCACAUGCUUAAUGCAUUGUAAUAUUGUCCUCUCUUCAACAUGUGUGUUGUUGUAGAAAGAUGAUAGAAUAGCUAACGUUAGCUAGGCUAACAUAGCUAGCUAGGCUAACACGGCUAGCUAGUUGCUAACGAACGGCUAUCAUCACAACAAUGCGAGGCUGAGGGAGUUAGCGAAGCUAACAAAGGCCUAGCUAUUUGGUGCAUCUGCUAACUUGGCUAGCUUGCUACUCGACACGGCAAUCAGAGACAUUUCAAAACUAGCUUGAUGACUCGAUGGGUUUCAAUAUUUCGUUGUUUGUAUGUUAUUGUAACUAGCCAACGUUAUUUAGCUAAUUAUUCAUUAACGUUAUUUUGUUUAUAAUCAACGCUAGUUAACUUGUUAGCUAACAUCGUUAACGUUAGAGCCUUUGAGUUCCGGUAUAUAACGUUAGCUAGAUGGUCAUAUAGAUAUAUGGUCGUUAACGUGUGCUGGCUACCAGACUUUCUAGCCAACGUUUUUGCUAACUAACUUGCCUUUAAAUAAGGUAACAUUAGCUGUCUGGAUUAUUUUGUUGUAAACAUCCCUGUGUAGUGACCAAUAACAGGUCAUGUGGAGUUGACGCCUGCGUCCCUGCGUCAUGUCAAACAGGUGCUCGCCUCGUUAGCUACCUAUUAGUGCUAAAUCUAUCCAGACCAGCUCAAUGAAUAGGAAAUGAAUGAAGCACCAUCAAAGUAACGUUAAGUUAGUCCACGGUUUGUGUCUCUGAUUUUCACCCAGUGAGUGCACUAAACACAUAGGAUGGCUCUUCAAAUGCAAAUAUGGUUUGUUAUGCUAUAUGUACUGCAAACAACUUUGAACAAUUCAACAGGACAUCUAACGUUAGCUCGCUAUAGAGUAAAUGGGUGGCUUGGGAAAACAAAAAAUAGCUACCUACCUAAACGUUAGCUAAGUGAUAACUAGUAAACAGAAUGCUCAACAUAAAAAUAUAUAUUCUUUAUUGCUAUGAUUGAAGUGGCUGACUAAACUCAACUCCAUGGUGAAGGAAGUUUCUGAUGAACUCCCACCAACAGAGUUGAGCAGAGACCAGGCUUUGUGGAAUUCAUCUCCGACUACAUCGAUUCGCCCGAGGUCAAUACUUUUAAAAAUGUAAGUUAUGAAAUGCUUACCUUGUACCUAUGUUUGUCCUCUGUAGUUGCGUGCCUUUCUUUGUUUGCCAAAAUCCAUACUUUUUAAUAAAUAUUAAUAAAAUACAACCACUGACUGUUUGCUUAUUGCUGUUGCUCUAAGAUCUCAACUCUGCGCAUGUGCCAAUUGAAUCUCGACAAGGAAACAAUUUGGUGGUGGUAUUUGAUUAACGUUUUUAUUAAAAAGUAUGGAUUUUAGCAAACAAAGGCACACAACUACAGAGGACAAACAUAGGUGUAAGGUAAGCGUUUCAUAAUAAAAUAUUUGUGUAGUAUUGACCUCGGACGAAUCGAUGUAGUCAGGGCUGAAUUCCACAAAACCUGGUCUCUGCUCAACUCUGUUGGUGGAGUUAAUCAGAAACUUCCUUCACCGUCGAGUUGCGUUCAGUCGGCUAGACUGAAGUAUAUAUGUACUGCAAACAACGUUGGUCAAUUCAACAGGACAUCUAUCAUAUCUAUAACAUACUCUUCUUCCUCCUCUCUGUGUUGACUUGUAAAGGAACAGUAACAGUAUGCAUGGCGGGCAGCAGCCUCAGAAACACUAUGGCAUCACCUCGUCCAUCAGCAUGGCCUUCCCCAGGGAGGUGGACCACCAGUACACACACAAGCUCAGCGAGGCCAUGAAACCCUUUGGGGUGUUCGAGGAUGAGGACGAACUCAACCACAGGUGAGAUGGAGUUCUCAUGAAAUAAAGAAAAGAUGCCUGCACACUGAUGAAUACUCCUGUUGUUUAGAUUUUUUUAUUUUAUUGUGUAAUGUUUCCACCCGAAGGUCUUUGUCAGGCUUAACCCAACUAAGUGAAAAAUGUGUUUUCUUACACACCUGGGCCCGUAUUCAAAAAGCAUCUCAGAGUAAGCCUGCUGAUCUAGGAUCAGGUCCCCCCCUGUCCGUAUAAUCUUAUUCAUUUAAGAUCUAAAAGAUGAAACUGAUCCUUUAUCAGCAGCACUCGUGCUCUGAGACUUUCAGUGAAUACAGGCACUGGUUGAAAUUGAGUUGUAUUUGUUCAUUUAAUGACCUUAUUUUGCUUCAAUGUUUUCCAAGUUGAAGAGUUGUUGUAGGUUUACGUUCUUUUGAUAUGUGUGUCUGGGAUAUGCUGGGUUUCGUAGUGGACAGGUGAAUUGAUUGAUAUUAUGGUACUUCCCACAGACUCGCAGUUCUUGGGAAGUUGAAUACAUUUGUCAAGGAAUGGAUUGCCGAGAUCAGUGAAACAAAGGUAGGUUCCUUGAAGAACAAUGAUGACUGAACUGUGUGUGCGUCAGUGGUUGCUUUACAGAAAGCAAAUAAUUCCUACUCUGCUACGAUGUCAAUGGGAGAAUGAUGUGUGAUCAUGCUGAAUGAUGUUGAUGUUAAUUCCCCUCAGAACCUCCCACCAUCAGCGAUAACCAAUGUGGGGGGGAAGAUCUUCACCUUUGGGUCUUACCGGCUGGGAGUUCACACUAAAGGUAAUGUCCUGUCAUCCUUAAAGAGAACAAGUGCAUGUCUGCAUGAGCCACAUUUACAUUUUAGUCAUUUAGCACACAUAUCCAGAGCCACUUACAGUUAGUGAGUGCAUACAUUUCCAUACUGGCCCCUCGUGGGGAAACGAACCCACAACCUUGGCGUUGCAAGCGCCAUGCUCUACCAACUGAGCUGUCAAAGGUGUAGUUAAGUUGUGUGUUGUGUUUGUGUUGCAGGGGCGGAUAUUGAUGCCUUGUGUGUGUCGCCGCGACACGUGGAGAGGACUGACUUCUUUGACUCAUUCUUUGCAAAGCUCAAACUGCACGAAGAGAUCAAAGACCUACGGGUGAGUCAGGAUAAUAUUCUUAUACAAAAAAAAUCUCAGAUUUUAUUGAACAGCGUGUGAGAGGAUGACAGUGGAGGAAAAUGGAGAGAGAUUGUGUCAAAGGGCAGUAGGCCGGAUUCUAACCUAUGUUGACACUGUAGACGUGCUCGAGGCAUGUACAGUUGAAGUCGGAAAUUUACAUACACUAAGGUUUGAGUCAUUAAAACUAGUUUUUCAACCACUCCACAAAUUUCUUGUUAACAAAUUAUAGUUUUGGCAAGUCGGUUAGGACCUCUACUUUGUGCAUGACAAGUAACUUUUCCAACAAAUGUUUACAGUCAGAUUAUUUCACUUAUAAUUCACUGUAUCACAAUUCCAAUGGGUCAGAAGUUUACAUACAUUAAGUUGACUGUGCCUUUUAAACAGCUUGGAAAAUUCCAGAAAAUGAUGUCAUGGCUUUAGAAGCUUCUGAUAGGCUAAUUGACAUCAUUUGAGUCAAUUGGAGGUGGACCUGUGGCUGUAUUUCAAGGCCUACCUUCAAACUCAGUGCCUCUUUGCUUGAGAUCAUGGGAAAAUCAAAAGAAAUCAGCCAAGACCUCAGAAAAAUUAUUGUAGACCUCCACAAGUCUGGUUCAUCCUUGGGAGCAAUUUCCAAACACCUGAAGGUACCACGUUCAUCUGUACAAACAAUAGUAUGCAAGUAUAAACACCAUGGGACCACGCAGCCGUCAUACAGCUCAGGAAGGAGACGCGUUCUGUCUCCUAGAGAUUAACGUACUUUGGUGCGAAAAGUGCAAAUCAAUCCCAGAACAACAGCAAAGAACCUUGUGAAGAUGCUGGAGGAAACGCGUACAAAAGUAUUUAUAUCCACAGUAAAACGAGUCCUAUAUCGACAUAACCUGAAAGGCUGCUCAGCAAGGAAGAAGCCACUGCUCCAAAACCGCCAUAAAAAAGCCAGACAACGGUUUGCAACUGCACAUGGGGACAAAGAUUGUACUUUUUGGAGAAAUGUCCUCUGGUCUGAUGACACAAAAAUAGAACUGUUUGGCCAUAAUGACCAUCGUUAUGUUUGGAGGAAAAAGGGGGCAGCUUGCAAGCCGAAGAACACCAUCCCAACCAUGAAGCACGGGGGUGGCAGUAUCAUGCUGGGGGGUGCUUUGCUGCAGGAGGGACUGGUGCACUUCACAAAAUAGAUGGCAUCAUGAGGAAGGAAACUUAUGUGGAUAUAUUGAAGCAACAUUUCAAGACAUCAGUCAGGAAGUGAAAGCUUGGUCGCAAAUGGGUCUUCCAAAUGGACAAUGACCCCAAACAUACUUCCAAAGUUGUGGCAAAAUGGCUUAAGGACAACAAAGUCAAGGUAUUGGAGUGGCCAUCACAAAGCCCUGACCUCCAAUCCUAUAGAAAAUGUGUGGGCAGAACUGAAAAAGCGUGUACGAGCAAGGAGGCCUACAAACCUGACUCGGUUACACCAGCUCUGUCAGGAGGAAUGGGCCAAAAUUCACCCAACUUAUUGUGGGAAGCUUGUGGAAGGCUACCCAAAACGUUUGACCCAAGUUAAACAAUUUAAAGGCAAUGCUACCAAAUACUAAUUGAGUGUAUGUAAACUUCUGACCCACUGGGAAUGUGAUGAAAGAAAUAAAAGUUGAAAUAAAUAAUUCUCUCUACUAUUAUUCUGACAUGUCACAUUCUUAAAACAAAGUGCUGAUCCUAACUGACCCUAAAACAGGGAAUUUUUACUAGGAUUAAAUGUCAGGAAUUGUGAAAACUGAGUUUAAAUGUAUUUGGCUAAGGUGUAUGUAAACUUCCGACUUCUGUGUUCUCCUGUACCUUUUGACUUGGCAUGUCAAUCGCUUUAACGUGAUGCAUUUCUUGUUUCAGGCGGUGGAGGAUGCCUUUGUGCCUGUGAUCAAAUUCAAGUUUGACGGCAUCGAGGUAAUGGGGUUUGGAUGUACUAAGUGGUGUCUAUCUACUCUCUGGGAGAUAUGUAUACCAUCAGAGUGGGUUUUCACCAAUGAAAAUGUUAAUGAUGGAGCAAACGCAUUCAUUCAACAUUCACAUCCAACACAUUGACAUUCAUAUUGAAAUAGAACAGAACCCAGAUCAGGCUGUAGAUCGACCUAAACACAGCUAAUCCUUGAAGAUUAGAUCAGACCCUGGAAAUGGGAGGUUAAUGAUACGCGUGGUCAGAAACCACCUGGCAGACCCAAGAUUGCGAGACUUUUUCGCAUAUUUGAACAGAAAGCAUACGUAGUUAUAGUAUACUAUUGGCAUAAACAGAAUUAUAACAUGAUCACAAUAUACCUGUAGUGGAUACAGAUUAUAAGCAGUACAGUAAUUCACAAACUGUCUGAAUAGGAGUACUGAUCUAGGAUCAUGUGUGCCUUAAAGUCCUACUGAAUUAGCGGGGUCCCAACUGAUCCUAGAUCAGCACUUCUACUCAAAGAGACUUUGUGAAUUUGGGCCCAGUGUAAUUGAGUGUCCCUGCUCUGUCUUGUUGCCGGGCAGAUUGACCUGCUGUUUGCGCGGCUGGCUCUGCAGUCCAUCCCAGACAACCUGGAUCUGAGAGGAGACUCCCACCUGAGGAACCUGGACAUCCGCUGCAUCCGCAGCCUCAAUGGUACUGUCGCUCUCUUCCUAUGGAACGACGUGGUACUAGUAGUAAUAAUACAGGCCAUUUAGCAGACGCUUUUAUCCAAAGUAACUUAGUCAUGCGAGCAUACAUUUUACACGGGAAUCGUACCCACGACCCUUGGCGUUCAAGCACUAUGCUCUACCUACUAAGCCACACAGUAAUCUACUGAAUCAAAAAUAUAAACGCAACAAUUUCAAUAAUGUUACAGUUAAUAUAAGCAAAUCAGUCAAUUGAAAUAAAUUCAUUAAGCCCUAAUCUAUGGAUUUCACAUGACUGGGCAGGGGAGCAGCCAUGGGUGGGCCUUGGAGGGCAUAGGCCCACCCAAUUGGGGGCCAGGCCCAGCCAGUCAGAAGCCGGAUGUGAAGUUCCUGGGCUGGCGUGGUUACACUUGGUCUGCAGUUGUGAGGCCGGUUGGACAUAAUGCCAAAUUCUCUAAAAUGACGUUGGAGGCGGCUUAUGGUAGAGAAAUGAACAUUAAAUUCUCUGGCAACAGCUUUGGUUCCUGCAGUCAGCAUGCCAAUUGCACGCUCCCUCAAAACUUGAUACGUCUGUUUGUGUUGUGUGACAAAACUGCACAUUUUAGUGGCCGUUUAUUGUCCCCAUCACAAGGUGCACCUGUGUAAUGAUCAUGCUGUUUAAUCAGCUUCUUGAUAUGCCAUACCUGUCAGGUGGAUGGAUUAUCUUGGCAAAGGAGGAAUGCUCACUAACAGGGAUGGAAACAAACAUUUUAGAGAAAUAAGCUUUUAGUGCAUAUGGAAAAUGUCAGCCAUUUUUUAUUUCAGCUCCAUGAAACAUGAGAUCAGCACUUUACAUGUUACAUUUAUAUUUUUGUUUGGUAUACAUGGUACUACAUAGUACUAGGACAUAUUAAUACAUGGUACUACAUAGAACAUAAUACUAGGACAUAGUAAUACAUGGUGCUACAUAGUAGUAGGACAUAGUAAUACGUGGUAUUACGUAGUACUAGGACAUAAUACAUGGUACUACAUAGAACCUAGUACAUAGUAAAAUGUGGUAUUACAUGGAACAUAGUAGUAAUACAUGGUACUACAUAGAACCUAGUACGUAGUAAUACAUGGUACUACAUAGAACCUAGUACGUAGUAAUACAUGGUACUACAUAGAACCUAGUAUGUAGUAAUACAUGGUACUACAUAGUAGAGGGUCAUACUGUGCAUUAGGUUAUAGUGUAACUAACACCGUACCCCGUAUCUGUAAUCAUGUUAAACUAUGACUGUUACCUUUAGCCAACUACAGCACCAGCUUUGGAAUGACAACGCAGUGUGUAACUAACUAACCUCCCUCCCUGGACUCUUGUUGUGAGCAGUUAGACUUUUUCUGAGAUUAUAGUGAUGUCUUCCUUUGCUCUCCUCCUGCUCCAGGCUGCAGAGUGACAGAUGAGAUCCUGUACUUGGUACCAAACAAGGAGAACUUCAGACUAACCCUGAGGGCCAUCAAGCUGUGGGCCAAACGUGAGUCAGCAACUACAAUACAAUGUCAUAUAUUUGCCAUUAAUACACCAUUUUAAUAAUAUAGACUAUAAUAUGACAUUUAGCAAGAUGCUUUUAUCCAAAGUGACUUAGUCAUUUGUUCAUACAUUUUACAUACGGGUGGUCCUGGGAAUCGAACCCACUACCCUAGCAUUGCAAGCGCCUUGCUCAUACCACCCUGCAUCCCACUGCUGGCUUGCCUCUGAAACUAAGCAGGGUCGGUCCCUGGAUGGAGACCAGAUGCGGCUGAAAGUGGUGUCAGAGCCCAGUAGCUGGGGCACUCUCCCCUCUGGUCUAAGGAGAUCCCAGGGUAGUGAAGGGGACAUUGCCAUGCGUACGGUGCCAUCUUUCGGAUGGGAUGUUAAAUGGGUGUCCUGACUCCCCGUGGUCACUAAAAAUCCCAUGGCACUUAUCGUAAGAGUAGGGGUGUUCACCCCGGUGUCCUGGCUAAACUCCCAACCUGGCCCCAUUUCCAUCAUGGCCAUCUAAUCAUCCCCCUCAUUCCUAAUUGGCAUGUGUCACUCCUCACCUCUCUACCUGAUAGCUGAUGUGUGGUGAGCGUUCUGGCACAAAUUGGUCGCCGUGCGUCACUGAGGUGGGUGAUAUACAGUGGGGAGAACAAGUAUUUGAUACACUGCCGAUUUUGCAGGUUUUCCUACUUACAAAGCAUGUAGAGGUCUGUAAUUUUUAUCAUAGAUACACUUCAACUGUGAGAGACGGAAUCUAAAACAAAAAUCCAGAAAAUCACAUUGUAUGAUUUUUAAGUAAUUAAUUUGCAUUUUAUUGUAUCUCCCCACUGUACAUUGAUGGUGGAUGAGGUGAGUUUCCCCCUCCUAUGUAAAGCGCUUUGACUACAUCAGUUGAUAGAAAACCACUAUAGAAAUCCAAUAUAUUAUUAUUAUUACCAACUAGGCUACUGAGGACCACUAUUGCAGACAGUUUCCCCUCUAAUAACUCUGCCUAACCGGAUACAGGACUGUACUGUAGGGCACUGAGUGACCGGGGACGUGUUCAUUAAGGCACAUGUAACAUUUCUAGAAAUAUGUUAGGAGGGGAAACUAAAUUGAGUGUUUUUAUUGGACAAGUAGUUCAGAUCGUAGUACCUCCCUUUUCCACCCCUUUUCUGAGUGGUCUUUUUCUGUUUUGAAUAUGACCCAUGUGUUAACAAAUGUCUGCACGAAUGAAUGUUAGUUGCUUUGGAUGAAAGCAUCUGCUAAAUGGUAUAUUAUUACCCCUGUGCCCCAGGCCGUGGGAUCUACUCCAACAUGCUGGGCUUCCUGGGUGGCGUCUCCUGGGCCAUGCUGGUAGCUAGGACCUGCCAGCUCUACCCCAACGCUGUGGCCUCCACCCUCGUACACAAGUUCUUCCUGGUCUUCUCUAAGUGGUACGUACACAAGUUCUUCCUGGUCUUCUCUAAGUGGUACGUACACAAGUUCUUCCUGGUCUUCUCUAAGUGGUACGUACACAAGUUCUUCCUGGUCUUCUCUAAGUGGUACGUACACAAGUUCUUCCUGGUCUUCUCUAAGUGGUACGUACACAAGGAGCCCCGUACCGCCGCUUUACGUUCCACAGCCACUACUCACAAAGCGUCUCAGAGCAGUGAUCUAGGAUUGGACCUUUUUUUUUUUAAUCACAAUGUAUAAGGGAGAUCUGACUCUAGAUCAGCACAUAUCUGAGUCACUGUGAGUAUGGGCCCUGAUCAGUUUAAAUAGGUGUGAUGAUAUGGGCCUGAUCAGUCUAAAUAGGUGUGAUGAUAUGGGCCCUGAUCAGUUUAAAUAGGUGUGAUGAUAGGGCCCUGAUCAGUCUAAAUGGUGUGAUGAUAUGGGCCUGACAGUCUAAAGGGUGUGUGAUAUUGGGCCUGAUCAGUCUAAAUAGGUGUGAUGAUAUGGGCCCUGAUCAGUCUAAAUAGGUGUUUAUGAUAUGGGCCUGAUCAGUCAAAUAGGUGUGUGAUUAUGGGCCCUGACAGUCAAAUAGGUGUGAUGAUAUGGGCCCUGAUCAGUCUAAAUGGGGUGUGUGAUGAUAGGGUCCUGAUCAGUCUAAAUGGGUGUGAUGAUAUGGGCCCUGAUCAGUUUAAAUAGGUGUGAUGAUAUGGGGCCCCGAUCAGUCUAAAUGGUGUGUGAUGAUAUGGGCCUGAUCAGUUUAAAUGGUGUGAUGAAUGGGCCCUGAUCAGUCUAAAUAGUGUGAUGAUAUGGGCCCUGAUCAGUCUAAAUAGGUGUGAUGAUAGGGCCUGAUCAGUCUAAAUAGGUGGGUGAUAGGGCCUGAUCAGUCUAAAUAGGUGUGAUGAUAUGGGCCCUGAUCAGUUUAAAUGGGUUUUUUGAUGAUAUGGGCCCUGAUCAGUCUAAAGGUGUGAUGAUUGGGCCCUGAUCCGUCUAAAUGGGUGUGAUGAUAUGGGCCCCCGAUCAGUUUAAAUAGGUGUGAUGAUAUGGGCCUGAUCAGUCUAAAAUGGGUGUGAUGAUAUGGGCCCUGAUCAGUUUAAAUAGGUGUGAUGAUAUGGGCCCUGAUCAGUCUAAAUAGGUGUGAUGAUAUGGGCCCUGAUCAGUCUAAAUAGGUGUGAUGAUAUGGGCCCUGAUCAGUCUAAAUAGGUGUGAUGAUAUGGGCCCUGAUCAGUCUAAAUAGGUGUGAUGAUAUGGGCCCUGAUCAGUUUAAAUGGGUGUGAUGAUAUGGGCCCUGAUCAGUCUAAAUAGGUGUGAUGAUAUGGGCCCUGAUCAGUCUAAAUGGGUGUGAUGAUAUGGGCCCUGAUCAGUUUAAAUAGGUGUGAUGAUAUGGGCCCUGAUCAGUCUAAAUGGGUGUGAUGAUAUGGGCCCUGAUCAGUUUAAAUAGGUGUGAUGAUAUGGGCCCUGAUCAGUCUAAAUAGGUGUGAUGAUAUGGGCCCUGAUCAGUCUAAAUGGGUGUGAUGAUAUGGGCCCUGAUCAGUUUAAAUAGGUGUGAUGAUAUGGGCCCUGAUCAGUCUAAAUGGGUGUGAUGAUAUGGGCCCUGAUCAGUUUAAAUAGGUGUGAUGAUAUGGGCCCUGAUCAGUCUAAAUGGGUGUGAUGAUAUGGGCCCUGAUCAGUUUAAAUAGGUGUGAUGAUAUGGGCCCUGAUCAGUCUAAAUAGGGUGAUGAUAUGGAGAUCAGUUAAUGGGUGGAUGAUAUGGGCCCUGAUCAGUUUAAAUAGGUGUGAUGAUAUGGGUCCUGAUCAGUCUAAAUAGGUGUGAUGAUAUGGGCCCUGAUCAGUCUAAAUGGGUGUGAUGAUAUGGGUCCUGAUCAGUCUAAAUAGGUGUGAUGAUAUGGGUCCUGAUCAGUCUAAAUGGGUGUGAUGAUAUGGGUCCUGAUCAGUCUAAAUGGGGUGAUGAUAUGGGCCUUGAUCAGUUUAAAUGGGUGUGAUGAUAUGGGUCCUGAUCAGUCUAAAUGGGUGGUGAUGAUAUGGGCCUUGAUCAGUUUAAAUAGGUGUGAUGAUAUGGGUCUUGAUCAGUUUAAAUGGGUGUGAUGAUAUGGGUCCUGAUCAGUCUAAAUGGGUGUGAUGAUAUGGGCCUUGAUCAGUUUAAAUAGGUGUGAUGAUAUGGGUCCUGAUCAGUCUAAAUGGGUGUGAUGAUAUGGGUCCUGAUCAGUUUAAAUGGGUGUGAUGAUAUGGGCCCUGAUCAGUUUAAAUAGGUGUGAUGAUAUGGGUCCUGAUCAGUCUAAAUGGGUGUGAUGAUAUGGGUCCUGAUCAGUUUAAAUGGGUGUGAUGAUAUGGGCCUUGAUCAGUUUAAAUUGGUGUGAUGAUAUGGGUCCUGAUCAGUCUAAAUGGGUGUGAUGAUAUGGGCCUUGAUCAGUUUAAAUAGGUAUGAUGAUAUGGGUCCUGAUCAGUCUAAAUGGGUGUGAUGAUAUGGGACCUUAUCAGUUUAAAUAGGUGUGAUGAUAUGGGUCCUGAUCAGUCUAAAUGGGUGUGAUGAUAUGGGCCUUGAUCAGUUUAAAUUGGUGUGAUGAUAUGGGUCCUGAUCAGUCUAAAUGGGUGUGAUGAUAUGGGCCUUGAUCAGUUUAAAUAGGUGUGAUGAUAUGGGUCCUGAUCAGUCUAAAUGGGUGUGAUGAUAUGGGUCCUGAUCAGUCUAAAUGGGUGUGAUGAUAUGGGUAGCCUGUGUAGCCGAUGACCCACUAUGAUAAAAACAUGUUGUUGCUUUGAAAUCUCCAUUGUUUGAAAAGCCAUCAAUUCACUCAAUCUGUUCCGUCCUGUAGGGAAUGGCCGAAUCCUGUGCUUUUGAAACAACCUGAAGACAGCAAUCUGAAUCUGCCUGUUUGGGAUCCACGGGUAGGUGUCUGCUGUUGUGUGUGUGUUCGAGAUGCACAAAUUCCGCAAGGUUUAUCGGAUGAACAUAACAAAUUGAUAAAACGCUUAUUUUGAAGGUGUGGUGUGUCUGUGGGGUGGACAAAGCUGCUCUUGCCCUGUUCCAACUCUCCUCUCUACCUGUCUUGCCCCCCCCCCACCCCCCCCUCCAGGUGAACCCGUCAGACAGGUACCACCUGAUGCCCAUCAUCACACCAGCCUACCCCCAGCAGAACUCCACCUACAACGUCUCCACUUCCACACGCACCAUCAUGAGCGAGGAGUUCAAAUACGGUGGGUACCUAACUCUUGGCCCUAACCUGGUUGAUCUAGGAUCAGCCCCCCCCCCCCCGUCCCCCCCGUCCAUAUUAUUUAUUUUUUUUAUUUUUAUUUUUAGUCAUUUAGCAGACGCUCUUAUCCAGAGCGACUUACAGGAGCAAUUAGGGUUAAGUGCCUUGCUCAAGGGCACAUCGACAGAUUUUUCACCUAGUCGGCUCGGGGAUUAGAACCAGCGACCUUUCAGUUACUGGCACAACGCUCUUACCCACUAAGCUACCUGCCGCCCAAUGGUGCCCAAUUAUCGUGUUCAUUAUUAUCUAAAAGGCUAAACUGAUCCUAGUUCAGCACUCCAAUAAAGGCCCUGAAAUGACUGUCCACUGAAUGGCACUGAAAUACCCAACCCAGACUGUUGACUCCCUGUAUUUGCAGUAGGAUAUAUCCUAAAACCUUUCUCUUACAUCAAAUUAUUACACCAUGCAAUGAGGGGUGUUCUGUAUAGUGGUCCUGUAUGAGUCAGUUGGGACAGCAUGGUGCUAAUUGUGCUCAUUCUAAAUGUCUAAUCUGGGAAACCUAGAAGUAGAAUAUUGUGUUCGAUUAUGUUCUGGGGGUAUCUGUAUGAGAGGAGACCCUAACCAGCCUAGAGAACUCUCCACCCCCCCCCCCCCCCCCCACCCCCUAAACGAAAACACGCAGCAAAGCAAUGGCCAAAUGUCCCCUCCACUUCUGAAAUUUGAAAGAUGCGAAGUCAUGAUUUGUCCAAAUAACCUGUGAGGAAAGAAAUCUGCGCAUCUGAACAGAGUUCCUUGUUAGUCGUUGCAUCCCACAGUCUGUUGACAGAUGCUAUUAUACCAUCCUGUUUUCCAUGCGUCUGUCCACAAGAGAUUACUAAAUAUCUGACACCUACAGGUCUCAGUGUGACCGAUGACAUCCUUCAGGGGAAAACGGACUGGUCCAAACUGUUUGAGCCGCCCAACUUUUUCCUGAAGUACAAGUACGUAUUUAUUGAUAUAUUUAUUUCCCUGUUUUCUAUUUUAAAUGUUGAAAUAGUUGACAGGUGUUUAUCUGUAUGCCAAUUUGUGUUUUGUCUUUAACAGGCAUUACAUUGUUCUGACUGCCAGUGCAUCCACAGAAGAAAACCAAUUAGAAUGGUAAGUGUUUUGUGUUGUUCCGCGUUAUUUGUAAUUUAUUUUGUACAUAAUGUUUCUGCCAUCGUCUCUUAUAACCAAAAAGAGCUUCUGGAUAUCAGGACAGCGAUUACUCACCUCGUAUUGGACGAAGAUUUUUUCUUCAACGAGGCGGCCACGAAGGAUAUCAUACAGACACCCGACAAGGCCCAAAUCCCCGUCAUUCGCGUGAAGAAGAGACGGAGAUAUCGUGGACGCAGAUCGGGGUGCCUUGUAAGGAUCCGACGGCGAACGAGUAAACUGCCUCUUCCAUCAAUCCUAUUAGCCAACGUUCAAUCUUUUGAAAAUAAAGUGGACGACUUAAGAUUACGGUUAUCCUACCAACGGGACAUUAAAAACUGUAAUAUAUUAUGUUUCACCGAGUCGUGGCUGAACGACGACAAUGAUAACAUUCAGCUAGCAGGCUAUACGCUACAUCGGCAGGACAGAACGGCUGACUCCGGUAAGACAAGGGGUGGCGGUCUGUGUAUAUUUGUAAACAACAGCUGGUGCACAAAACCAAAUACUAAGGAAGUCUCGAGGUUUUGCUCGCCUGAGGUAGAGUAUCUUAUGAUAAGCUGUAGACCACACUAUUUACCAAGAGAGUUUUCAUCUGUAUUUUUCAUAGCUGUCUAUUUACCACCACAAACCAAUGCUGGCAUUAAGAUUGCACUGAAUGAGUUGUACAAGGCCAUUAAUCAACAGGAAAACGCUCAUCCAGAUGCAGCGCUCCUAGUGGCCGGGGACAUUAAUGCAGGGAAACUUAAAUCCGUUUUACCUAAUUUCUACCAGCAUGUUAAAUGUGCAACCAGAGGGAAAAAAACUCUAGACCACCUUUACUCCACACACAGAGACGCAUACAAAGCUCUCCCUCGCCCUCCAUUUGGCAAAUCUGACCAUAACUCUAUCCUCCUGAUUCCUGCUUAUAAGCAAAAACUAAAGCAGGAAGCACCAGUGACUCGGUUAAUAAAAAAGUGGUCAGAUGACGCAGAUGCUAAGCUACAGGACUGUUUUGCUAGCACAGACUGGAACAUGUUCCGGGAUUCUUCAGACAGCAUUGAGGAGUACACCACAUCAGUCACUGGCUUCAUCAAUAAGUGCAUCGAUGAUGUCGUCCCCACAGUGACCGUACGUACAUACCCCAACCAGAAGCCAUGGAUUACAGGAAACAUCCGCACUGAGCUAAAGGGUAGAGCUGCCGCUUUCAAGGAACGGGACUCUAACCCGGACGCUUAUAAGAAAUCCCGCUAUGACCUCCGACGAACCAUCAAACAGGCAAAGAGUCAAUACAGGUCUAAGAUUGAAUCGUACUACACUGGCUCUGACGCUCGUCGGAUGUGGCAGGGCUUGAAAACUAUUACAGACUACAAAGGGAAGCACAGCCGCGAGCUGCCCAGUGACACAAGCCUACCAGACGAGCUAAACCACUUCUAUGCUCGCUUCGAGGCAAGCAACACUGAAGCAUGCAUGAGAGCACCAGCUGUUCCGGAUGACUGUGAUCACGCUCUCCGUAGCGGAUGUGAGUAAGACUUUUAAGCAGGUCAACAUUCACAAGGCCGCAGGGCCAGACGGAUUACCAGGACGUGUACUCCGAGCAUGUGCUGACCAACUGGCAAGUGUCUUCACUGACAUUUUCAACAUGUCCCUGACUGAGUCUGUAAUACCAACAUGUUUCAAGCAGACCACCAUAGUCCCCGUGCCCAAGGAAUCUAAGAUAACCUGCCUAAAUGACUACCGACCCGUAGCACUGAUGUCUGUAGCCAUGAAGUGCUUUGAAAGGCUGGUCAUGGCUCACAUCAACAGCAUUAUCCCAGAAACCCUAGACCCACUCCAAUUUGCAUACCGCCCCAACAGAUCCACAGAUGAUGCAAUCUCUAUUGCACUCCACACUGCCCUUUCCCACCUGGACAAGAGGAACACCUACGUGAGAAUGCUAUUCAUUGACUACAGCUCAGCAUUCAACACCAUAGUGCCCUCUAAGCUCAUCACUAAGCUAAGGAUCCUGGGACUAAACACCUCCCUCUGCAACUGGAUCCUGGACUUCCUGACGGGCCGCCCCCAGGUGGUAAGGGUAGGUAACAACACAUCUGCCACACUGAUCCUCAACACGGGGGCCCCUCAGGGGUGCGUGCUCAGUCCCCUCCUGUACUCUCUGUUCACCCAUGACUGCAUGGCCAGGCACGACUCCAACACCAUCAUUAAGUUUGCCGACGACACAACAGUGGUAGGCCUGAUCACCGACAACGAUGAGACAGCCUAUAGGGAGGAGGUCAGAGAUCUGGCCGUGUGGUGCCAGGACAACAACCUCUCCCUCAACGUGACCAAGACAAAGGAGAUGAUUGUGGACUACAGGAAAAAAAAGAGGACUGAGCACGCCCCCAUUCUCAUCGACGGGGCUGUAGUGGAACAGGUUGAGAGCUUCAAGUUCCUUGGUGUCCACAUCACCAACGAACUAUCAUGGUCCAAACACACCAAGACAGUCGUGAAGAGGGCACGACAAAGCCUAUUCCCCCUCAGGAGACUAAAAAGAUUUGGCAUGGGUCCUCAGAUCCUAAAAAAAUUCUACAGCUGCACCAUCGAGAGCAUCCUGACUGGUUGCAUCACCGCCUGGUAUGGCAACUGCUUGGCCUCCGACCGCAAGGCACUACAGAGGGUAGUGCGUACGGCCCAGUACAUCACUGGGGCAAAGCUUCCUGCCAUCCAGGACCUCUAUACCAGGCGGUGUCAGAGGAAGGCCCUCAAAAUUGUCAAAGACUCCAGCCACCCUAGUCAUAGACUGUUCUCUCUGCUACCGCACGGCAAGCGGUACCGGAGUGCCAAGUCUAGGUCCAAAAGACUUCUCAACAGCUUCUACCCCCAAGCCAUAAGACUCCUGAACAGCUAAUCAUGGCUACCCGGACUAUUUGCACUGCCCCCCCACCCCAUCCUUUUUACGCUGCUGCUACUCUGUUAAGUAUUUAUGCAUAGUCACUUUAACUCUACCCACAUGUACAUAUUACCUCAACUACCUCAACUAGCCGGUGCCCCCGCACAUUGACUCUGCAACGGUACCCCCCUGUAUAUAUAGCCUCCCUACUGUCACUUUAUUUUACUUCUGCUCUUUUUUUUUCUCAACACCUUUUUUUGUUUUAUUUUUACUUUUUUUGUUUAAAAUAAAUGCACUGUUGGUUAAGGGCUGUAAGUAAGCAUUUCACUGUAAUGUCUGCACCUGUUGUAUUCGGCGCAUGUGACCAAUAAAAUUUGAUUUGAUUUGUUACGUGGGAACAUGGAGCUCCUAAGGUCCUACAAAAUAUAUGUUUAGCAUUUUACCCUAGGCAAACAAGUCAAACCGGUAAAAGCAAAGCUUUUCUAUUAUAGUCGAGUGACCGCUGUAACAAUGGAAAUACAUGUCCUCAAAGGUGGAGGGAGGCGGGAGGAGGCGAGAUCAAGUGGGACUAUUCUAGCCAAUGAGAGGGCAGAUGCACGUGUGAACAGCAGACAAGUCCGACAUAUAAGUGUUUUUUUUUUUUCAAAGUUGCUGAAAUGCCAUAUGCGUCCCCUUAUAUCAGUACAUUCCUAAUAAUAACCUAACCAUUACGAAGCUUCAAUUAGAUAUCAAUUAACCCUCACGUAGAAAAUUAGCGAUACAAUUUUUUGUUGACCAAAUUUGACACUCACAUUGAACUCCCAUUACAAACAUUCCUCACUUCCUGGUCUUAUUUUUGUGGACAGUUUUUUUUUAGGUGGAGUAAACCCUCGCUUCCUCUCUGGUAGAAGUCAUGCUACGUCUGUCCCGUCUAUGAUAUGAGUGGAACAGGUUGAGGUUAGGGUUAAUGCAUUAUGACACAUUUACAGUGCCUUCAGAAAGUCGGGUGAACCCCUUGACUUAAUCCACAUUUUGUUGUUACAGCCUGAAUUCAAAAUGGUUUUCCUCUAGGAUUUUGCCUGAGCGUAGCUCAAUUCCAUUUAUUUGUAUCCUAAAAACACUCCCUAGUCCUUGCCGAUGACAAGCAUACCCAUAACACGAUGCAGCCACCACCAUGCUUGAAAGUAUAAAGAGUGGUACUCAGUGAUGUGAUGCAUUGAAUUUGCCCCAAACAUAACGCUUUGUAUUCAGGACAUACUAAAAAAAUGGCCACAUUUUUGGCAGUUUUAUUUUACUGCCUUAUUUCAAACAGGAUGCAGGUUUUAGAAUAUUUGUAUUCUGUACAGGCUACCUUAUUUUCACUCUGUCAUUUAGGUUAGUAUUGUGGAGUAACUACAAUGUUGUUGAUCCAUUCUCCGUUUUCUCCAUUAAACUCUAACUGUUUUAAAGUCAUCAUUGGCCUCAUGGUGAAAUCCCUGAGCGGUUUCAUUUUACUUUUUAGUCAUUUAGCAGACGCUGUUAUCCAGAGCGACUUACAGUUAGUGAGUGCAUACAUUUUCAUACUGGCCCCCCGUGGGAAACGAACCCACAACCCUGGCGUUGCAAGCACCAUGCUCUACCAACUAAGCUACAGGUUUCCUUCCCCUCAGGCAACUGAGUUAGGAAGGACGCAUGUAUCCUUGUAGUGACUUGGUGUAUUGAUACACCAUCCAAAGUGUAAUUAAUAACUUCACCAUUCUCAAAGGGAUAUUCAAUGUCUGCUUAAAAAAAACAACGUAUCUACCAAUAGUGCCCUUCCUUUUUGAGGCUUUGGAAAACCGCCCUUAUUUAUUGACUCAAGACAUUUCAGCUUUUCAUUUUUUAUUAAUUUGUAAAUUUCAAAAAACAUCAUUCCACUUUGACAUUUAUCGGGUAUUGUGUGUAGGCCAGUGACACAAAAUCUCAAUUUAAACCAUUUUAAAUUCAGGCUGUAACACAAUAAAAUGUGGAAAAAGUCAAGGGGUGUGAAUACUUGCUGAAGGCACUGUACAUGACACUACAUUCUAUGGCAGCCAUGUUAUGUCCCAAUGGGCAAUAUUGACCAAUAGCAGUUCACAACAUUUUCUGAAAUUUAAACAAUGCUUUGUACAAGAUUCCAAAUUCUCGUCAUUAAUGGAUAAAUGGAAUGCUCAAAGGUGCUAACAAGGCGUCCGUUCUAAAAGGUGGCCCAACUCUAAACUAUAUGGCUCUGACCCCAGUAAUGUUAUGAACCUCCUGUCUGUUCCUCUCCCUCUAGGAUUGGUCUGGUGGAGUCUAAGAUCCGUGUCCUGGUGGGGAACCUGGAGAGGAACGAGUACAUCACCCUGGCACACGUCAACCCCACAUCCUUCCCCGGGAACAAGGAGAGCUGUAGCGAGUGAGUCUCUAGACUCCACACCUUUUUGUGAAGUUUGAAGGCACCAGAAACCUGGGGUUGUGUUCAUUAGGGCACAAGACGGAAACUUUUUUUAAAACCUUUUUGCAAUGAGCGAGUUCGUUUUGCAUGGCCUGGUGCCCAGCAUGGGUGGAGAUUUCACUUAAAGGAAUACUUUAAGGUUUUGGCACUGAGGCCCUUUAUCUACUUCCCCAGAGUCAGAUGAACUCGUGAAUACCAUUUUGCGUGCAGUUUGAAGGAAGUAGAUGAUUAGCGCUACCGCAAUUGCUAACUAGCAUUAGCGCAAUGACUGGAAGUCUAUGGGUAUCUGCUUCAUUGCGCUAACGCUGGUUAGCAUUUUUACAUAUACAUUUUAGUGAUUUAGCAAAUGCUCUUAUCCAGAGCGACGUAGUUAGUGGAUCCAUCUUAAGGUAACUAGGUGAGACAACCACAUCUUAGUCAUAGUAACUAAAUGUGUUCCAUCAGGAAGCAGUUUGUCUACAUGUACCCAGCUGAUAUUAGUGGUGGGUCUUCCAUCAGGAAGCAGUUUGUCUCCGUGUACCCAGCUGAUAUUUGUGUUGUCUUCCAAAAGGAACGAGUUUGUCUCCAUGUGGUUCAUUGGGAUCAUCUUCAAGAAAGUGGAGAACGCAGAGAGCGUCAACAUCGACCUGACCUAUGACAUCCAGUCCUUCACAGACACAGGUAAUACCAUACAUUUACAUUUAAGUCAUUUAGCAGAAGCUCUUAUCCAGAGCGACUUACAAAUUGGUGCAUUCAACUAGCCAGUGGGACAACCAUAUAUAUAUACACACACACACAGGGUUAGUUCACCCAAAUUACAAAAUGACAUAUUGGUUUCCUUAGCCUGUAACAGAUUGCUGACAACAGUCCAUGCUUUGUUUUAGUUUCCCUGGCACUGUUUCCACAUGCUAACGUUUUAGCAUUUGUGGCACAAAUCCCAUUCAAGCCAUGGGACUGAUAUUAGCAUUUUUGGCGCAUCAUGUUCAAAUCUGUGACUUUGAGCUUCACAAUCAAUUCUAGAUACUUUUGGAUGAUUUCAACAUGAUGUGCGAAAAAUGCUAAUAGCGGUCCCAUGACUUGAGUGGGAUUUGUGCCACAAAUGGUAAAACGUUAGCAUGUGGAAACAGUGCCAGGGAAACUAAACCAAACCCCAAAAAAAUUCAUAGACUGCUUAUAUGGUAAGGAAACCAAUGUGUAAUUUAAGUGAACCAUCCCUUUUACCAUCUGUCUAUGCUGGUAGAGGGAGCUCUAAAUGACUCCAUGUCCCAUGACCCCUUGCUGCAGUUUACAGGCAGGCCAACAACAUCAACAUGCUGAAGGAUGGGAUGAAGAUCGAAGCUACGCAUGUGAAAAAGAAGCAGCUCCACCAGUACCUUCCUGCUGAGCUGGUGCAGAAGAAGAAGAGGGUAAGAUGGACGCUCUCUUCAGACAGAGGCUCUCGCUCAAUUCUUUCUGUCAUUCCUUGUCUCCUUCUCAACCUUAUUGCAAGGUCCCUCCCCUCGGCCCUGGUUAUCAAUGCGUUUUGAGAAGGGGGCCAGGAGAGGGGAUAUUCCUUGUCUCCUUCUCAACCUUAUUGCAAGGUCCCUCCCCUCGGCCCUGGUUAUCAAUGCGUUUUGAGAAGGGGGCCAGGAGAGGGGAUAUUCAGGGAAGAUGAAUUGAGAAAGCCAGUGUGUACUUUAGACAUAUAUUUAUUAAGAAAUGCAUUUGAACAAAUCACGAUCUUGUGAAUGGCUUCGUACUAAGCUUUGUUCUCUACUUGUCCCCCCCCACUCCCCCAUCUUUCCCCACUCCCCCAUCUUUCCCCACUCCCCUCACUACAGAGCAUAGUGGAGCUGAACCGUAGCGCUAACAGCGGAGGCUCCAAGCGUUCCUCUCUUGACGGCAGUCAGCUGGACAGCUCCAGAGACACCGACUCAGGGACUCCCUUCAGCUCGCCCAACCCCGUCUGCAAGCCGUCCAGGCCGGCUGCCUCGGACACAGACGACAGGUGGGUACACCACACAUAGGACAGGGGGAGAACCAGGGAGACUUCUAGGCUACAGCAGAAGAUAUGUCAAAUGAAAUCUAUUCAUGUGUACCUCCUCACUACUUAGCAUAAUGGUACCAUUUGGCACCAGAAAGUUUUGGGAUUUGUUUCCAAAUUGAUUUAUUCUAAGAUACAGAUGUAUACAUUUUCUUUCCACAAUUGACAAAAUGAAUAAAAUAAAUGAAAUGUAUAUUUUUAUUAUUUCAUGUACCUUGUUUCAGGUCAUCAUAAUUUUCAAAUUAACUUAAUAGAUUAAUUAUGAAUAUAACCAUAUUCCUUUUCUCGUCCUGCCCCGUGCAGUGUGACACCUCCCAAGCCACCAGUCUCUCUGUUUGUGGAGAUGAGCUCCUCGGUGCCAGACGUCUCUCCACCCAGGACCGAGCAGGAGCAGGGUAUGUCCAUCCCAGUCAUCGGAUCAAGUGAGUAUCAGCGUUCCUCUCCUCUCAGAUACACAUGGUAUACAUAUUAGUGUUUUUGAAAGUCACUGCUGUGAAAAAUUGCGCUAAAGGAAUGUCUCAUCUCUCACUGUCCCCCCCUCUCUCUCUUUCCCCCUCUCGCUCUUUCCACCCUCGCUCUUUCCCUAUAUACAGAGUCUGUGGUUGCAGCUUCCAAACCCUCUGCCCCAGCGGCCCCAGCCGGCAGCACCAUUCCUACAGUAGUGGGUAGGACCGUGGUCCCUCUCCCUGGCAGCACCAGCCCUACAGACCAGAACGGCGCCUCCGCUGCUGCUGCAGUCAAGAGACUCCAUUCCCCUACGCUGGAGGAGCAGUCCAAGAGACUCAAAGACACUGCAGAACCCGUCAGUUGAAUUUGUAUUGUAAAACGAAUGCACCGCCACCCCCAGAACAUAGGUUACGUCUAGAUUACGCAACAGAGCCUCUCCAUUUUAAAAGUCUCUGUUGCAGGCUUGCUAGAGCUCCCAUAGAAAACAAUGACUCCUGUCAGUUUGAACUAAAACGAUGUGCACGGGUCAGGGUGAUCUCUUACACGUUCUCUUUGUCUCUGUGCUUUGUGUACAGCUGGCUGAUGACUUGGCCUUCAAGGAGCCGUACCCUCCAUCUAGCGACGGCAGGGAGCAAGGGGAUGGAGUCAAUGUGGUGAGGACACCUGUUUUACCCCCCGUUAACAGGAUUCAAGAAACGCACACACAAUACGCAAUUUAAAAAAGACAAAUGUCCUUUGUUGACGUCAUCAAUCGCUUGGUGUAAAUGCCACUUUGUGAUUAGAACACAACAUGAAUGUUCUGUGUCACUCACCUCCCAGGGUAGUCCUCCAGCAGUCAGCACCAUUCCUACAGUAGUAGGCAGGAGCGUUGGACCCUGCCUGGGCUCCCCUAGAGAUACUAGCAGCCCGACAGAGCAGAACCAGAACGGAGCCACUACUGCAGCCAAGAGACCUCACUCCCCCACACAGGACGAACCCCCCAAGAGGAUCCGAGACACUGCAGAUCUGGUGAGGAGAGGGAGUGGUCCCUGGAUGGAUAUGUCCAGGACUAUCCUCCACAUCCAGACUAAAUCAUGUCAAAUGUUAUUUGUCACAUGCUUCGUAGACUAACAGUGAAAUGCUUACUGACAGGUUAUUUUCCAACAAUGCAGAGUUAAAGAUCAAAUAUAGAAAUAGUGACACAAGGAAUAAAUACACAGUGAAUAACAAUGAGUAAAAUUAACAUGGCUAUAUACAGGAAGUAGCAGGUAAUAACAUGGCUAUAUACAGGAAGUACCAGGUAAUAACAUGGCUAUAUACAGGAAGUAGCAGGGAUGUAGCUCAGUUGGUAGAGCAUGGCGUUUGCAACGCCAGGGUUGUGGGUUCGAUUCCCACGGGGGGCCAGUAUAAAAAAAUUAAAAUUAAAAAUAAAAAAUGAAUGCACUCACUAACUGUAAGUCGCUCUGGAUAAGAGCGUCUGCUAAAUGACCAAAAAAAAAAAGGUUAAAAAUGUAAUAACAUGGCUAUAUACAGGAAGUAGCAGGUAAUAACAUGGCUAUAUACAGGAAGUAGCAGGUAAUAACAUGGCUAUAUACAGGAAGUAGCAGGUAAUAACAUGGCUAUAUACAGGAAGUAGCAGUACCGAGUCGAUGUGGAGGGGUACGAGGUAAUCAAGGUAGCUAUGUACAUAUAGGUAGGGGUAAAGUGACUAGGCAACAGGAUAGAUAAUAGACAGUCCAGUGGAAAAAUGGUGAAUGCAGGUAGCAAUUUGAUUAGCUGUUUAGCAAGCAGUCUUAUGGCUUGGGGGUAGAAGCUGUUCAGGAUCUUGUUGCUUCCAGACAUGGUGCACUGGUACUACUUGCCGUGCAGUAGCAAAGAGAACAGUCUAUGGCUUGGGUGGCUGGGAGCUCGGCCCCAGUGAUGUGUUGGCCUGUACUCGCCACCCUCUGUAGCGCCUUGCGUUCGGGUCCCUUGCAGUUACCAUACCAGGCGGUGAUGCAGCCAGUCAAGAUGCUCUCAAUGGUGCAGCUGUAGAACCGUUUGAGGAUCGGAGGGCCAAAGCCAAAUAUUUUCAGCCUCCUGAGGGGGAAGAGGCGAUGUUGUGCCCUCUUCACAACUGUGUGUGUGGACCAUGUUAAUUCCUUAGUGAUGUGAGCACCGAGGUACUUGACACUCGUGACCCGCUCCACUACAGCCCCAUCGAUGUGAAUGGGGGUGUGCUCGGUCCUCCAUUUCCUGUAGUCCAUGAUCAGCUCCUUUGUCUUGCUGACGUUGAGGGAGAGGUUGUUGUCCUGGCACCACACUGCCAGUUCUCUGACGACCUCCCUAUAGGCUGCCUCAUCGUCAAUGAUCAGUCCUACCACCGUCGUGUCGUCAGCAAACGUAUAAUAUAAUAAUAAUAUAAUAUGCCAUUUAGCAGACGCUUUUAUCCAAAUCGACUUAGUCCCUCCAAACUUGUUGGAGUCGUGCAGGGCAAUGCAGUCGUGGUUGAACAGGGAGUGCAGGAGGGAGCUAAGCACACGCCUCUGAGGGGCCCCGUGUUGAUGGUCAGCGUGGCGGAUGUGUUGUUGCCUACCCUCAUCGCUUGUGGGCGGCCCGUCAGGAAGUCCAGUUUCCCUCAUGCAUGGCUCAGUGUUGCUUGCCUCGAUGCGAGCAUAAAAGGCAUUUAGCCCGUCUGGUAGGCUCGCGUCGCUGGGCAGCUUGCGGCUGGGUUUCCCUUUGUAAUCCGUGAUAGUUUGCAAGCCCUGCCACCUCCGACGAGCGUCAAAGCCGUCGUAGUAGGAUUCAAUCUUAGUCCUGUAUUGCCGCUUUGCCUGUUUAAUGGCUCGUUGGAGGUCGUAACGGGAUUUCCUAUAAGUGUCCGGAUUAGUGUCCUGCUCCUUGAAAGCGGCAGCUCUAGCCUUUAGCUCAGUGCGGAUGUUGCCUGUAACCCAUGGCUUCUGGUUGGGAUAUGUACGUACGGUCACUGUGGGGACGACGUCGUCGAUGCACUUAUUAAUCAUGCUACUUUUCACUAUUGUCUCACUGGAGCUGUAUAAAUAUGAAUUCAGUCUGGACACACUUUUUUGGGAAACGUUUUUGCACAGGUUAAUGAGGUCAUGAUGUUGUCAGUCUCUCACUUUCUCUCGCUCUCUCCAGCUGGUGUCCGGUGACGACUCUGCAUUCAAGGAGCCCUUCCCUUUAUCUAGCGCCGGCCAGGAGCAAGGAGACGGAGUGGACAUCGUGAGUUCUCUUCUUUUAACCCACCGAACACCAACUGAACUCUAGAAAUACACACCUCACAUUAUUCUUUUAAAUUGCUAUUUCAAUGUCAGAGGUUUUAUCAGUGUAUGGCAUUUAAUUUCUUUUUUGUCUCUUAACAGGAAAGUCUUGGUGGGGUAAAGGCUAUGCCUAUUCCAACUAUCGACACAUCAAGAACACAGGUACUUAACUGACUUUUAUGAGCGAGAAUACGUGAAAGCAGUCUUCAAAUUAGUCGUUGAUUUGAAAUCUCAUAAUGUGUGUGUCUGUGUUCAUGCAUGUGUGUGCGCGUGUCUGCUUUUGUGUGUCUCUUCAUGCAUGUGUCCAUUCUCCAGAGACUUCCCAGUAUGGAGCUGCCAGACGUGACCUCCCCCCUCCCCAGCAGUAACCACCAGCGGGUGGUAAAGAACUCAAUCAGACUAGCCCUCAACAGGCACAGGUAACCCCAGGUAAAGCGUCCCCUUGUCCCACUCCCAAACCCCUUCCUCCACGAGGCCUGGACCUACAACACUGACUAGCUCCAGACCUGAGAGAUCCAAAAUCAAGACUACUGUGGUAAAACCUAGUGAGGACGCAGAUUUUUAACUCUCCUACCCCCCCCCGUCCCCGUCACUGGACGAUGGGCAACGACAGUCCCUUUUUUCCCCAAAAAUGUCAUCUGUUUCUAUGGUCCUUCCCAGUUGAGCUGAUUUUAAGAUUGGGUUGGAGAAGAGUUGGAUGUAUUUAUUUUUGGGGGGAUCCCCCCCCCACCCCCCCCCUCUUCCUUUACUGUUUAGUUCAGUGUUUUAAAUGGCCUUAACGUGUCGGUGCUUGCUACUGCAUCCUUCUGUACCAUCGUAAUGUUUUGACAAAUGGAAAACUUCUACAGUAGGUGUAGUUUAUUGUACAUAGCUCGUCUUUAAAAAGAGAAAAAUAAUCACAGACGUUUAGUCGUUCCAUACAGCUGUAUUAUAGUUUUAUGAUCUAAAAUGUAAAAAAAAAAAAAAAGGUAAAAAAAUGUCUUUUUCCCCACUGUUUGUCAACCGCAUCACAACAUGACCUUGAUAGCCAAUCGCAGCCUUCCCACCCAGUAGACUCAUCCACCUGGGUCGUUUUCAUUUGGGCCCAACGUAUCAAAACGUUUUGCAACAGAAAUCUAAAAUGAGCAUUCCGUUUUGGACAAGUUCAGAUAGUACCUCCCUUUUUUCCUUCUGUAUGUCCUCUCUAGGUUAACAGGACCUCCUGUAUGAUCCCUCUAGGUUAACAGGACAUCCUGUUUGAUCCCUCUAGGUUAACAGGACAUCCUGUAUGAUCCCUCUAGGUUAACAGGACAUCCUGUAUGAUCCCUCUAGGUUAACAGGACCUCCUGUAUGUUCUCUCAAGCUUUGACACCCACUAGAAUAGAGGUCACCAACCCUCCUGGAGAGCUACUGGGUAUUGUAGGCUUUUGCUCCAGCCCUACACUAGAUUCACACACCUGAUUCAGCCAACCAGAGUCCUUAGGGGCAGCUCAUUAGUAGAAUCAGGUGUGUUUAUAGAAGGGUAGGGUACUGUUCCCCAGGCAGCACUAGAACCCAGGGACUGUCCUAAACAUGGAGGGUUGUGUUGAGCUAGUAGGAUAAUGGUUGUGAGGUGGUUCACCACUGGAGUUGUGUUGCGUAAAGGGUGUAAUGCUUUUGCUGGUGUGUGAGGAUGUGUGUGUGUGUGUGUGUGUGUGUGUGUGUGUGUUGUAAUUCCCUUAGUGUGGGGUGUUGGCCCUCAGCGCCUCCCGUGGAGGUUCUUAAACAUGGCGUCUCCUGGGGUCAUCCUGGGCUAAGUCCCAAAUAGCACCCUAUUCCCUACAUAGUGUACUACUUUAGACCAGAGCCCUAUCUGGCCCUGCUCAAAAGAAGUGCACUAUAUAUGGAAUAGGGUGCCCUUUUCAGAUGCAGCCUAGUCGAGGAGUUGACCUCUCAAAUCAGAUUUCAGGACUCACACUCACAAAACUUCUCAGAGUAGGAGUGCUGAUCUGGGAUCAGGUCCCCCGUGUCCAUGUAAUGUUAUGAUUUAAAUGGCAAAACCCAUUUGUUGAUCAGCAGUGGUGCUCUGAGAACCUUUGUGUGUACAGUCCCUGCUCUCCCUUUCCAAACAGUGUUUUCUCUCUACAUUCUACCCCGGUAGGAAUUACAGAAAAGCAUCUUGUAUGCAUCCCAAAAUGGCACCCAAUUCCCUACAUGGGGUCUCUGGUCAAAAGUAGUGCACUAUAUAGGGAAUAUGGUGCCAUUUGGGUCGUGCCCUAUGUAUUUAAAAGGCGUAUUCUCUUCAUUAAUGUUUUUUUUUUUUUUUUCUUAUUGCUUUGUGUAUUUCUACCAUUUUAUAUCAUCCAUUCUAGCAGCUUAGGGCUCUCUCAAUGACUUUUACACCACUCUGUUUUCAACAACUCUCUUCUUUUUGUUGUGCAUUUUGAGAAACGAUUAACAAGUCAUUUAUCAGUUGUUUUUGUAGGGCAACAAGUUGUAUUUGAAAAGGUAUUUUUGUAUGUACUGUGUAUCACCUUUAAACAGAGACCAUUAAAUCCAUAAAACCCCCCACUUCUCCAUGGUCCUGUUUUGUAUGGAGGGCCUGAGUGUCUGACUCUAUUCCCUGUAGACUCUAGAGAAUCAUUAUCACCUAAACUGCUGUGAAAUAUAUCUUCAAUAACCACACACAUUGUAUUUUCAGCUGUCCUUAAGCUGAAAGUAAAAUACACAGAACGGAUCUACCGUUUAGCAGACUACCUUUUUAAUUGGAAUGACAGAUCUAUAACUCACAUUUCUAUCUGAAAUGAUUUGGGUCUUACAACUACAUAAUGGACCUAAUUAUAAAAUAAAAACACACCGUGUAUUAUCCAGGCUUCUAAUGAGAAUCAAUGAGUUAGACACUCCUACCAUCACACCGUGUAACAACACUCUGUAAAUCUUUCGGUCAGGUCCAGCCGGCACGGAACGUUCCAAUUGAACAGGAAUGUAUGUCCUUCUAAUUUUACAACGUCGCCAUUCUAUUUUGUUACGUAAUGAUACUAGCUACUACCUCCAUUUCCAGAAAUGGACAGAUUUUUAGAUGAAUUGUACAGCAUAUCAACAAGACAUCAGACGUUGAUUCAUUAUUUCAGUGUUUAUUUAUUAAUAUGGAAAGCAAAUCAGAUCCUGUGGCACGGUAGAGAAAGCACUGUACUCCCAGGUCAGGAUGCCAAUGUAUUUUCAGCAUCUUCCGUUCAAUACCUUUUUUAUCUACGACGGGGUCUAAAACUGCAGACAAAACAACGUCAACAGCCGUGAACAAUUAUAAUUAAAUACAUUUGUGUGUGUGUGGCUACCUGGUUGUGUUGAUGAUCACAAGUUUACUGGAGAACGGAGACCAAGUAGAGACUUUCGGACAAGGUGGAUAAUUGUAUAAUAUAAGGCAGUUUAUUCAGAGGUAAAGAUAUCUGUAAAUAGCGUGCACGGACCCGUUCGUCAAUCUCGUAGGGAGAUAUCUGAGAGAGCGAGCCCCUAAACAUUGUGUGCUGACAUUUUAUACAAUAAAAUGAAGUAGGUUGAUUCUAGUAGUUCUGAUCUUCUGAUUGGUCCUGAUGAGUUGGGCGAGGUCACCUCCAGGCUAGUGUCACUGUUGCAUUGGCUCUGAGUCGGGUUCUCUGUCUUCAGAUGUUCAGCCUAAGAGAAGGGGUUUUUUGUGUGUGUGUGUGCUUAACAAUGAUGAUGUGUGUGUGUGCGUGUGUGUAUGUAUGUGUGUGUGUGUAUGUUUAACAAUGAAGAUGUGUGUGUGUGUGUGUGUGUAUGUGUGUGGGGGUGUGUGUGUGUGUGUGUGUCCUCAGCGCAAGAACUCGUGAGUUGGAAGAACUGAGAGACCUAUGGCGUGGGUGUUGUCCAUAGCCACCUGCUGAUAAGGCCGGCAAGAUAGAAGUCUCUUGUGCUUUGUAUUAAAUACAAAGGCCCAACGCAAAAUGGGUCAUGCACAAGAUUUUGGUCAGACCAAGCUAUAACAUUAUAUAUUUACUACGACAGUUGGCACCGUUGAUGCGGGCAGUGCCUGGCGAAGACUGUACCCUGGAUCUUCUGGCCAGUACUGGUCACAUUAAAGCCAAAGAGCUUGUUUCAUCGAAACCAAUUCCACUAAGACAAGGAGUUACUUAGAAACGCUUACUGGCAAUAAUGCCUGAAACAAUUGGCAAUGUACAGUAGCAUGGCCUGUAGACUAAGGGGCUAAGGAGCUAAAGUGGUGGGAUUAUCCACUGUACAUCUGGUCUGCUAUUUAGACGUAGAAUCACAGAGGAAACGGAGGAUGUUCUCAGGGCCGGCUAGAUAUGUUCCGAGUUAAGUCGGGGACAAUUUUAGCUAAUCCUAACCCUUUUCCUAACGUUAACCUAAUUCUCCUAACCUGCCACGUUAAUUAUACUAACCGGCUGCGUAAAUUCUCCUAACCUGCUACGAAAAGUCACUUCUGCUAGUCAAAACCGGAGGCCUGCCCUGUUAACAGCGUGGGUUGUGAAUAACGCGAUACUCCUACAUCUGCACCAUUCAACCCAGGUAUUUCUGCUACGUUCACGAACUAGUCGAAACUCUGACAUUUCCGACUUGCUAACUGCUAAAACGUGGCACGUGUAUAUGUGUAUUUAUCACUAAAACCAGUUAGCGCGUUGGAAAUGUCAGAGUUCCGUCUAACACGUGAACACGGCAGAAAUCAUGUCUCGGGAGUUUAGCGUCCAAAUCCCCUUCUAAUGGCACGUGUAUAACUACAACCAGUCAGAAAUCAUGUCAGAGUUUAGCGCCCAUACUCACUUCUAAUGGGCUUGGCAGGUUGCCGCUACAGCUUCUCAGAAAGAGAUUCCUUCAUGAAACCUAGAAAAGGAGGCAAGUGGUGAGAGUCCCAGCUGUUACUGUUCUCGUUUCUACACAAUGUGACGGUGGCCACUAAUGACGCACUCUACAUUUACAUUUACGUCAUUUAGCAGACGCUCUUAUCCAGAGCGAUUUACUCCUCUGUCUCGCCGGCCCACCUGGUGCGUUUAGUUCUAAUCAAGGGUAGAGGUGUGGAGUGUACGGACAGAGCACUCCCUUCCACAUCAAAAUCCACAAAUAAAUAGUUAUUCCACAAAAUCAACAUUUUGCAAUUGCCAUCUCAGUCUCCAGACUUUAACCCAAUUGAAAACCUGUGGUUUGAAUUAAAGAGGGCAGUCCAUAAGUGCAGACGAAUGAUAUCAAGGAUCUAUAAAGAUUCUGUAUGGAGGAAUGGUCUAAGAUCAGUGGAGGCUGGUGGGAGGAGCUAUAGGAGGACAGGUUCAUUGUAAUGGCUGGAAUGGAAUAAAAUCAAAUAUGGAAACCACAUGUUUGACUGUUGCAUUUAUUCCAUUCCAAUGAGCCCGUCCUCCUAUAGCUCCUCCCACCAGCCUCCUCUGUAUAAGAACCCUCCCAAUGUGUCCAAUCUCAUAAAACAUUAUCCUCGCAAGGUGAGGUAUUGAAAGUUAUGGAAAACAGGGGUGCCAGUCGGCGUUCCAAUUCAUCCCAAAGGUGUUCGAUGGGGUUGAGGUCAGGGCUCUCUGCAGGCCAGUCAAGUUCUUCCACACCGAUCUCAACAAACCAUUUCUGUAUGGACCUCGCUUUGUGCACGGGGGCAUUGUCAUGCUGAAACAGGAAAGGGCCUUCCCCAAACUGUUGGCACAAAGUUGGAAGCACAGAAUCGUAUAGAAUGUAAUUGUAUGCUGUAGCGUUAAGAUUUCCCUUCACUGGAACUAAGGGGCCGUGUCCGAACCAUGAAAAACAGCUCCAGACCAUUAUUCCUCCUCCACCACCAAACUUUACAGUUGGCACUAUGCAUUCGGGCAGGUAGCGUUCAGAUUCGUCCGUCGGACUGCCAGAUGGUGAAGCAUGAUGCAUCACUCCAGAGAACGUUUUUCCACUGCUCUAGAGUCCAAUGGCGGCGAGCUUUACACCACUCCAGCCGACGCUUGGCAUUGCGCAUGGUGAUGGUAGGCUUGUGUGCGGCUGCUCGGCCAUGGAAAGCCAUUUCAUGAAGCUCCCGAUGAACAGUUAUUGUGCUGAUGUUGCUUCCAGAGACAGUUUGCAACUCUGUAGUGAGUGUUGCAACCGAGGACAGAUUAUUUUUGCGCGCUACGCGCUUCAGUGGCUGAGCCGUUGUUGCUUCUAGACGUUUCCACAUCACAAUAACAGCACUUACAGUUGACCGGGGCAGCUCUAGCAGGGCAGAAAUUUGACGAACUGACUUGUUGGAAAGGUGGCAUCCUAUGACGGUGCAACAUUGAAAGUCACUGAGCUCUUCAGUAAGGCCAUUCUACUGCCAAUAUUUGUCUAUGGAGAUUGCAUGGCUGUGUGCUCGAUUCUAUACACCUGUCAGCAACGGGUGUGGCUGAAAUAGCCGUAUCCACUAAUUUGAAGGGGUGUCCACAUACUUUUGUAUAUAUAAUGUAGCUCAGUAUUUGUAUUGUUUAUUUUAUACAGUAUUUUUUGCUCAUCUUUAUCAAGGGUGCCUAUCAUUUUGGACCUGACUAUAUGUGCUAUCUUAAUUUGGUCACUGUUGUCAUAGAGAAUUUUCUGGCACAGCAGGAAAUGCAAACUUGUCGUUUAUUCAAGAUUUGAAGAGGCUUCUAAAGUUUGUAAUUUCCACUUUAAAAUCUCAGACUUGAUUUGCCCUAACAAAAUUAUUUAUCAACACCUAGAAACAUGUCCAUUAAUUAUAAUCCACAUAAUAAUUCACAUGUCCUGUUGCUGCAGGAUUAUUUUCCUGCUGUGAGAAACUGGUCAAAUUAACAUGGCACACCUGUAGGCCUCAGGAGCUCCGGUGAUGGCCUCGCCCACUCCACCUGGACCACAGGACAGGGAGCCAAAAGAGGGAGGAACUCCGUUGCCUUGUUACAGAGAAUUUCAAUACUUAUUACUUUGCUCACUGUAUAUGCUUACAGACUUUCGAGGACUUAGCCGGUUGGGAGGAUUAGGUGCACUGCUAACAGAACUCCCAUCCACAGUCAUUUACAACUUGUCAGAGAGAGGAGCCACAACGCCUGGCUCAGCACUGGUUGAGGAUGUAUACUGUAACUAAGUUACCUGGAUAGAGGUAAGUACAUUUACACAUGCUGCUAGUGAUAUUAUUGCUGUUUAUUUUGAGUUGAUAGAACUACUGCCACUUAGUUGAAACUACUAUUUGUUUUGGAAGAUAUCAUUAUUGUUAAGAUAAUUCUUCAUUUAAUUUCGCUGCAGUCUGUUUUUCCAAUGGCAUAAGGUAUAGGCUACUUCAUUUGAAUGCAUCUAUUGUCUCUCCUAAAAAAUUAUAAAAUCAAAGACAGAUUUAUACGUUUUUGGGGGGGAAAGUAACUACAGUAUUUAUUCAUAGACCCAUGUUUCAAGGGUCAAAGAUGAUUUACUAUAUAAUCUUAGAACUGGUCCAUUCCAUGUUUUAUUAGCCCUGUUGAUAAAUGUAGCUAGCUAUACAUAACAUUUACAUUUACAUUUUAUUCAUUUAGCAGACGCUCUUAUCCAGAGCGACUUACAGUUAGUGCAUACAUAUAUAUAUAUUUUUUAAAAUACUAGCCCUCCGUGGGAAACGAACCCACAACCCUGGCGUUGCAAACGCCAUGCUCUACCAACUGAGCUACAUCCCUGCCGGCCAUUCCCUCCCCUAGUCGACCACCAAUUGUGCAAGUUCUCCCACUUAAAAAGAUGAGAGAGGCCUGUAAUUAUCAUCAUAGGUACACGUCAACUAUGACAGACAAAUUGAGAAUUUUUUUCUCCAGAAAAUCACAUUGUAGGAUUAUUAAUGAAUUUAUUUGCAAAUUAUGGUGGAAAAUAAGUAUUUGGUCAAUAACAAAAGUUUCUCAAUACUUUGUUAUAUACCCUUUGUUGGCAAUGACACAGGUCAAACGUUUUCUGUAAGUCUUCACAAGGUUUUCACACACUGUUGCUGGUAUUUUGGCCCAUUCCUCCAUGCAGAUCUCCUCUAGAGCAGUGAUGUUUUGGGGCUGUCGCUGGGCAACACAGACUUUCAACUCCCUCCAAAGAUUUUCUAUGGGGUUGAGAUCUGGAGACUGGCUAGGCCACUCCAGGACCUUGAAAUGCUUCUUUUCUUGAUAAUUUCAGAUCAGAUUUUUUAACUAACUGGCAAAUUACAUAGGCCUACAUCAAUGUAUUAUUAUUAUUUUCUAUAUUUUUUUAUACAUACAAUUCUUUAUGAAAGAGAUGCUGUAUGUUAAUGCAAACUGGUGCACAAAGUGACAAAGAUGGAUACAGAAAAGAGUCCGGGUUCAUAAUGAACGUAAUGUAUAAAUGUCAAGUAGUAUCAGAUGUGAAUUGUGCAUAGCAGCGUCAAAUAUACCCAAUAGUUUUCCAACUGAAGGGAAAUUAAUUGUUACUGUAGUAAUAUGCAUUACAACCAAUAUGUCAUUGCGUAACAUUUUACUGUUUAUUUACAUUGUCACACAGUGAUUCUUGGUACUCUUAAACAAAUCUACUUUGAUACAUAUUACUUCAACGACCUCGACUAACCUGUGCCCCCCGCACAUUGACUCUGCACCGGUACCCCCCUGUAUAUAUAGCCUCCCUACUGUUAUUUUAUUUUACUUCUGCUCUUUUUUUCUCAACACUUUUUUUGUUGUUGUUUUAUUUUUUACUUUUUUGUAAAAAAUAAAUGCACUGUUGGUUAAGGGCUGUAAGUAAGCAUUUCACUGUAAUAUCUGCACCUGUUGUAUUCGGCGCAUGUGGCCAAUAAAAUUUGAUUUGAUUUGAUUUGAAAUAAGAGUAUAUACCUCACACACAUGGUUUUGGGCCAAAGAAAAGGAGACACCUGCACCAUGUCAGAUAUAGAGUAGAAAGACACCUGCACCAUGUCAGAUAUAGAGUAGAAAGACACCUGCACCAUGUCAGAUAUAGAGUAGAAAGACACCUGCACCAUGUCAGAUAUCGAGUAGAAAGACACCUGCACCAUGUCAGAUAUAGAGUAGAAAGACACCUGCACCAUGUCAGAUAUAGAGUAGAAAGACACCUGCACCAUGUCAGAUAUAGAGUAGAAAGACACCUGCACCAUGUCAGAUAUAGAGUAGAAAGACACCUGCACCAUGUCAGAUAUAGAGUAGAAAGACACCUGCACCAUGUCAGAUAUAGAGUAGAAAGACACCUGCACCAUGUCAGAUAUAGAGUAGAAAGACACCUGCACCAUGUCAGAUAUAGAGCAGAAAGACACCUGCACCAUGUCAGAUAUAGAGUAGAAAGACACCUGCACCAUGUCAGAUAUAGAGCAGAAAGACACCUGCACCAUGUCAGAUAUAGAGUAGAAAGACACCUGCACCAUGUCAGAUAUAGAGUUGAAAUGUAUUACAUUUUGUGUUUGCAUCCCAAUAUUACACUUUAUAUACAUCACAGAAGACUGAAAUAUAACAAAACCGUUUGACAUAGAAACACCAGAUUUUCUGUGGGGUAAAAAAAAAAGAUAUGUUGACUAAUUAUGAAAUUAUUAAGAAUAUUCCACCCAUGAGGCCACUAGAUGGCAUUUCUGGUCAUUCGACUGCAGGAAAGGGCUACUACACAAUAUUAACAAGAGGCAUACGCGUAUGCAAGUGGCACAUAUGGACUUUCACAACAGAACCGUUCUGCAAAACUCUUGUGUUCAUGAGAUCAACGUGUCUAACUUUCCCUGUUUUGCAGACUGACAGGAAAUCCAAGGACAGACAGAUCUGGAUCCCCCAUCGAAGUGCUCUUUGA